AACCUAACUCUGUAAAUCAAUCAAACACAGUCUCUCAGCAAUCAAAAACAAAUAAGUCUUCAAUUUCUCAUUUCUCAAGAAUCUCAUAAAUGGCCAGAACCAAGCAGACCGCUAGAAAAUCCACCGGAGGAAAAGCUCCAAGGAAGCAACUCGCGACGAAAGCGGCGAGGAAAUCAGCUCCAGCAACCGGAGGAGUGAAGAAGCCACACAGAUUCCGUCCAGGAACGGUGGCGCUGAGAGAAAUCAGGAAAUACCAGAAAAGCACUGAGCUAUUGAUCCGUAAGCUUCCGUUCCAGAGACUCGUUCGUGAGAUCGCUCAAGAUUUCAAGACGGAUCUGAGGUUUCAGAGCAGUGCAGUCGCGGCUCUCCAAGAAGCAGCUGAGGCUUACUUGGUUGGUUUGUUUGAGGAUACUAACCUUUGUGCGAUUCAUGCUAAGAGGGUUACGAUCAUGCCUAAGGAUAUCCAACUCGCAAGGAGGAUUAGGGGUGAGAGGGCUUAAGAUGAUGAAGAAGAAGAAGAUUAGCCUAGAUUCAGUUUUGUUUCUCCUGUGUUUGUAGUUCUUUUUUAAAAAGUGUCUUCCAGAUGUUCGAUAAAAUGCCCAAAUGAAUAUUUAAUCUUAGAUCAAAUGUUCAAUUCGGCUUGGUAACUCUAAUUCUGAUGUGAAUUUUGCAAUAGAAAAAGUGGUUUGUCA